AUGGCUUCGUCGCCCUCACGCCCUCGUCUGUCUGGCCGCCCGGCGCCCGCCCGCCGUCGUAUCGCCGCCCGCGACCUGCUGCUCUUCCUCGUCGCCUUUCGAAUUCUAAAUGCCCUGUGCGUCAACACCUUUUUCCAGCCCGACGAGUUCUUCCAGUCACUGGAGCCAGCAUGGCAGCUCGCCUUUGGCCGCGGGUCCGGCGCCUGGAUCACCUGGGAAUGGAAGCACCACCUCCGAUCCGCCCUCCACCCCUAUCUUUUCGCCGCCGUGUAUUCGAUUGCCGACCAGCUCAGUCGUUACGCCCGCCUGUCGCCGCUGGGUCGCGCCGAUCUUUUGAUCGCGGCCCCCAAAGCAACACAGGGCAUCGUUGCAGCGCUGGGAGACUACUACACCUGGCGGCUGGCUGAGCGGGCCUUUGGCCAGGACAGCUGGCACGCGUGGUGGACGCUCGGUCUGACAAUCCUGAGCCCCUGGCAGUGGUUCUGUUCCACGCGAACCUUCUCCAACUGUUUGGAGACUACGUUGACCAUUGCGGCGCUAUGCUACUGGCCCUGGGGUUGGAGCGUAUCUGAUCGCAAAGUCAAAACCCCCCAGCCCGAUGGCACGCGGACACUGGCCCAUUUGCGGAGCUGUUUGGUGCUGGCGGCCCUUGCAUGCGUCUUGCGGCCUACGAAUCUCAUUAUCUGGCUCUCCCUGGUCGUUUGCACCGUUUUCAAGACCAUUCCUCGCGACGGACUGUUGUCAAUCAAGCACGUGACGCUUAUACGAGAAGCCACAGGCUGUGGCUUCUCUGUGUUUUUGUUGGCCCUUUUCGCCGACCGUGUCUACUAUGGAGUUUGGACUGUGCCCCCGCUCAAAUUCCUGUACUACAAUGUUGCUCAAUCUUUAGCAGUGUUCUACGGGAGAAACGACUGGCAUUAUUAUCUUUCGCAGGGAUACCCACUCUUAUUAACGACCGCUUUACCAUUUACAAUAGCGGGGUUUUGGAGCGCCUUCACUACCCCUGCGAAUGCAUCAAACAAGCUUCAGACAUCGAUUCGAGUGCAGCUUGCCACUGUCUGCAUCGCCAUGCCCGCGAUCCUUUCGUUUAUAUCUCACAAAGAAGUUCGUUUUAUUUACCCGCUCCUGCCACCCUUGCAUAUCCUCACGGCACCAGCCUUGGAAAGCUUCUUCAGCCCUGCGGUAUUUUCUGCCUCAGGGUCGUAUUUUCCGCGCAAAUUAUUGCUUGCCUUUCUUGUCCUGGUGAACGUGGUCAUUGCGCUAUACACCACCCAGUCUCAUGCUUCUGGGCCCGUCAAGGUGCUUGAUUACAUAAGACGCCAAGAUGACCGGGUGUCUAUGCAAAUCGACGCCGACAGAUCUCGCCCGCUACCGCCUCUUGUAUCCCACUUCUCCUCCCCGGUCGUGUUCUCCAAGGGCCUCACCGUCGGCUUCCUAACGCCAUGUCACAGCACUCCGUGGAGGUCUCACCUGGUAUCGCCAACCAUCACUGCGUGGGCGCUGUCAUGUGAACCCCCCGUGAACCUCAACGUCUCGCAGCGUGAAACCUAUCUCGAUGAAGCCGAUCAGUUCUACGCCGAUCCAGCCGCAUUUCUCCGGCAGAACAUGAUUGGCGGGCUCCGAGCCUUCCCGCGUGCUCCCACCUACCACACCAAAUACCCAACCCAGGUCGCCAUCGCAGAGGACAAGCACCCUUGGCCGGACUAUCUCGUGUUUUUCGCCCAGCUCGAGCCCUCGAUGGGCUCGCUGUUACGAGCUUCGUCGUACGCGGAGUGCUAUCGCACCUGGAACACGGCGUGGCACGACGACUGGCGCCGCAAGGGGGACAUGGUGGUGUGGUGCCUCGACCCCGCGGUGCAGCGCGACUGGCGCGAGAAAAACAAACGCCUGCACGUGCACGAAGACGGCUGGGAGGCGCUCAUGAAGAGCAAGGUCAAGCAGUUCGACGCCAUCCUCGAGCAGCUGGGGAAAGAAAGCGCCGACGUCUGGAGCGGGAAGAAAGCCCGCCGAUGGCUCCCGUCGCUGUCGCUUCCUAGAGGCUGGAGCUGGGGCCCGCCUAGUAAGUCGUUCGCGGCAAAUUGGCUGUGGAAUAGAGGCUCGCAGACUACCCAGUGGCGCUGGUCGUGGUCGUGGUCGUGGCCGUGGGUGAAAAGGCAAAAGCUGUCUUGGUCUGAUGUGAUGGUGGCGUGGUAUGAUAAGAUUCUAAGUGACAGGUCGGAGCCGAAGUCGUCGGAUCUAUGGUCAUGA